GCCCGAUCUCCCUAUGGAAUAUGAUCGAGUUUGCCCGAAGGUAUCUCAAGAAGGGGCAGACAACAGUCAUGUGGAAGGACAAAGUCUUUCACUACUCCUACUUCCUCUGGUUCGAGGAUCAGUCGGGCGGCAUUCUCAGCCCAACUCUGGACCUGCAGCACCAUUUUCUUGCAACAGCUGCGUCCAGUGGCAGUGCCAUAAAGGUGCCAACCGAGCCUGGAGCCCUCUCCGUGGACUAUUACUUUGAUCUGGCUGAGCUCUGCUUCCCAAAGCUGGCGCCCGGCAAGGUUCGCGUAUACGAGUUGUUCUGCAUCCAUCUUGGCCUGGUCACAACUACCUGCGCUGUAGAGCAUGCCCGACGUUUGGUGGCCACCAUCAGCGAUGUGCGGCCGGGCGCAUGAAUCUAGUCAAUUUAUGGGACAUAUGCAAUAUGAAACGUUUUAAGGACAGCUCUUCACUGUUAUAAAUUGCUCCAUUUCAAUGUUAAAUAUAUAAAUUAUAAAUCGUUU